AGCACCAAAUCAAUUUCAGCUUAGAGCCCGAUAAAGGCUUUGGCCAAAACAUAAACUGCUAAAUUGUCAUUACUUUUUAGUUUUUCUGUAAAGUUGACAGUGACACUAACUACAGUUCUGCUGAGCCCUGACUGACUUUGCCUCUUUAAAUGAUUAACCCACUGUGAGCUUUGAGGCCCAGUGACCACCAGCAGACUCCCACUGAUGUUGGAAACCACCAACUCUCCUAUUAUUGUGCCACGAUUUUCUGAUGUGUUGACUCUCCCCGUUACUGGCCGUGGUCAAACACUUGUGACGCAGCCGUUUACUGAUGCGUGGAUGGACGGACGGACGGGGGACAUUCCUUUGCUGUGUGGAGACAAGAAGCUUUGUUUGAGUCAAUGGAGUUUGAGUAAAGGAUGGAAACAAAGACUCUGCAGGUUCUGACUCAGUCGUGAGCUCAGGCUGAACCUCGUCACUUUUAAAGGGAACUCAUAGCUGCUGCUGCUAAAGAAUAUUAAAAACAUUAACUGGACUAUAAUCUAAAUAAAGACAGAUGGAGCGGUGUCUGUUGGUUUAAGAAGAGUUUAUGAUAUGGCGUCUUUAAGAAACAAAAAAAAUCCAUGGAUGCUUUAUGAAACAGAAGUGCCACACAGCAGGUUUUGUGACCCAGCCUGUGGAGUCAGUCCCGCAGAGAAACUGAGCCCCGAGCACCUGAAGCUUCUGAGAAACGCUUUCACCAGCCCUUCAAAAACUGCAGCACAAAUACACAACAACAGGAGCACAAAGACCAGAGGAGGAGACGAGGAGCGUGGACUGAAGUUUGAGGAGUUUCGAGACGUUCUGAGGACAGUGAUUGGACCAGAUGUUGAGGACGCGUGGGUUCAGAGAUUCUUCUGGGAGGUAGAUAUCAGCUGUACAGGACAGGUGAGGUGGAAGCAGCUGUGUUCGUACCUGCUCCUGGAGUACACAGAGAGAGAGCACACCUCCAUCCCUAAGGCUGCUCUGCAUGACCUGCAGCCACAGAUCAGACACUGCUCUCACAACAAGCGUGAAUCAACAGUUCGCAUGGUUGCCGUUUGUCAUCCUCCUCCACUCCGCUACGUGAGUGUCAGUAAAGGGGGUCAAGUCACUGUCUGGAACAGCGGCCUACACGUCCUCAGAAGCAUCGGGCUCGCUGGAGAUCCGACAGAGGAAGUGGCCAACACAAGAAGGUUCAGAGGCUGGGUCACUGAUGCGGUGUACAUGGGCCACGUUCACAAGGUUGCUAUAGCAACUGACUGCAGGGACCUGCACUUUGUCAAUGUCUCCACGGGGAGUGUGUUCGAGGACGUCCACCUAUUUGGGUUUCAUUGUAUCCCCACUGCUCUUUGUUACUGGCACGAUGUCCAGUAUCCAGAGCGCCCCCCUCUGCUGCUACUGGGGGAUGAAAAGGGUGGAGUCCACCUGAUGUGGUUCCUGAACCCAUCUAAAGGUCUUUUUAAGAAUCCCUCCAAGAAACAGAACGGUCCUUAUAGGAUCUUUUUCCCGGACCUGAGCGAACACAGCAACACAGUGUCCCACCGCUACGUCCCCAACGUUCACCAGGAGCCAAUAAACAGACUGAUGUUCGAUCCCAGCAGCAAUGUCGUCAUGACUUCGUCGGAGAGCGACUCCAGCUCUGUGGUCUUUUUCAGCGUGACACCAAAGCGGGAGCCAUAUAUUUGGAAAAUUAACCAGGGGGCUAAAUGUUUCGACUACAGUGCCUCUCUGCAGCUGCUGGUCACAGGAGGUUGUGACCGCGCCGUCAGGCUGUGGACUCGCUUUGUGACCACACGUCCUGUUGCUACACUGCUGGGUCACUGCACCACGAUACUGGACGUUGCAAUCUACCAACCUGUUGGGCAGAUCUUCAGUUAUUCCAGAGAUGCUGAGCUGAGGGUUUGGGACAUUUCCACGCAUCGCUGUCUUAAAACUGUCCGCCUGCACUUCCCAUGCCUGCAGCCGGGUCGAAUCCCAGAACACGGCAAUUUUCCGUUCCUGCUCGUGAGCCCUCCUCUUCCUGCAGAGACACAGCCUCACUUAGUGGUAGGAUGCAAAGACUAUCUGGCACUGUUCAAUCUGGCCCAGACAAGAAGAGGAGGAGGAGGUGGAUGGUUGACCAACGAAGACAGCGAAUUUGGAUCAGAAUGUCCAAAUGGUGCCGCCCUCUCCUGUGCCCUGUACAACCCCACCCUCAGACAGGUGGUGACGGGACAUGCCAACUCAUCUGUGACUCUGUGGGACGUAGAGACAGGCCGGAAAUGGCUCCAGAUCUUAAAUGCUCACGGAGAAGAUGAGCUGCUCUGCAUGACACUGGAUGCCUCCCACAGGAGACUCAUUACAGGAGCUGGCAACGGCACCAUUAAGGUGUGGAACUUACUAAACGGCCUUAACCUGCACAAGCUGGAGCCUGUCACCAACUCUGAAGUCACCAGGUUGACCUGUCUCCAUGACAACAAGCUGCUGGCCGUGGGGUGGAGCCAACGAAUCGUUCAGUAUGACAUCGCGGCGGCAAAGGACUUGUAUGUGAGAGCAGACAUGUCGUGGAAGUCCGGCGGUGUCCAUACGUCGGACAUCCUGGCAGUGGGUCAGUGUUCUGCUCUGGGCGUCGUUGCCACGGCAAGUCACGAUGGAGACGUCGUCAUCUGGAGGCUGGAGACACAGGGACCAGUGCUUCACCUAGAGAGAGACAGAGAGACAGGAGUGGCGCCCCCUGUGGACAACCUCUUGUUCCUGCAGCAUCGAGCUCGCAGCAGGAAGCUGAGAAACAAAGGUGUGCUGGUGACGUCGCAGGCUGGCCGCUUGCGCUUCUGGAGCGUCACCGCUCAGACUCGCACAUACGGUCAGUUUUAUGCUCCAGAGCGGCCAGGUGCACGAGUGCUGAGCCUGAGCUCAGAUCAGCCAAAAAACACAAUCCUGGUCUCUGGAGACUCGACAGGUUGGCUUCAGGUGUGGGAUAUCUCUGACUACGCACUGGACAUGCAACAAGAAGCGGUCAGUGAGCGGCCUCCUCGGCUGCAGCGCUGGAGGGCACAUGAGCGAGGAGUGUUGAGCGUGGACGUCCUCGAGGUGGACGACAGACUGUUCGUCCUCUCGGCCUCUGUGGACGGUUCUGCCGGCCUGUGGACGAAGGACGGAGAUCACGUGGGAGCUUUUGGACAGGAGGUGAUGUGGAAUAUUGCAGCUGUGAAUCAGACUGAGACAGAGAGGAAGCAGAGGGAGGAUACAGGCGGGGAGGGGAGGAGGGAGAGUGACGACGCCACUGGACCCACUGACUGUCACACGUCACGGGGAGAAUGCAGUUGUGAAGCUUCACCCACCGGCUCAGCAGAGAAUGACCAUGAGCAACCUCAGCAACCCAUGUAUCUCUGUGAGGACUCGGUUCCGUGUCACGAGAGGAGACGCCUCUUUGAUGACGCUAACAAUCACCGCUGACCACCGCUGAGUUUCCAUCAUGGUACGGUUCAGUUUGGAAUGGUAGAGCCUUACCACAGGAAACUGUGGGGGCAGUAUAGAGUCAUUAGUCUGAUCAGUCAGUCCUGAAAAUGACAAACAAGAGUCGGGCAUUUAAAAAUGGCUGCAAGAUGGUCUACAGUAUAUGAUGUUAAUAGGGUGACUUAUAUUCCAUCACCGUGAAAUCCGCUCGCGUUCCUGUCUAUUUCAGAUCAAGCACAAUAAAAUAAGAGUACCAAUCAUAGGGUAGUUACACUUAUGAUUGGUGGAUCUAAAACGGACAAAAAUGGCGUUUAAAUGGGCCUUAACUCUCAGCUAAUACCGAAUGUUCUCUUCAUUAUUCCAUUCUCUCUUAACUGCUGUAUCUGUUUGUCUCAGAUGAGACAAGUCUCCUUCCUCUCCCUGUUUCCUUCACCCAGGUGUGACCUCGUCCCUUUAUUCUGCCUGCUCCGCCACCACAAUGUGCAUUUGUGGCCAAAAACCAUGGAAGAGGCUUUUCCUGUUGCUGUCACUUCAUGUAAACCAGCCUCAAAAAGAUUGCAAACAAAAGUUUUUAAAAAGACUCACAUGACAAACAGAGACAAACAUCAGAGCUGCACUGGCAUCACUGCUCUGUAAACUUCACACAUCAAAUGAAAUUUGUAUUUUUUUGUAACAAUUCUAUUUUUGUUUUUCCUUUUUUUAAUGUCUUGUAACUGUACAUUGUGUUACACUAUGUUGAUGAAUAAACAUUGUUUGUUUAGGAUUUUAUCUUUCAGAA